AUGUCCGUGUAUGUCUACAUCAUUACACAAGUAUUGAGUUCACAUCUAACAAAUUGCCUCAUUGAUAUACAGCCUUCCCAUCCAGGGAAAAUGGUGCAGGCUGGCUUGAAUGGUGGUCCACGCCAUGCCCGUGUCCUUGGAUGGGCCAAGAGUUACACCAAAGACCUCGGCAAGACAGAGAGGGAAGACCAUGAUGCGGAUGUUAUUGGUGCAGCUGGUAUAGCUUGGAGGCUCAUCAAGUCAGCAGCACCCUAUGAAGUUGUGAAGCAUGUUGAACAAUGCCUUCUCAAUGAAGGAAUGCCACACAUGGCAACACAGAAUAUUUCAGAGGGUGCAGGAUUCACAAUCAAGGCUGACAGUGUUGAAUACAAGUUUCCCAACAUUGAACGCUCUCCACCUGAGGUGUAUAUGUCCUGUGGAUAUGCAGCGUGA